ACCUAAAAGUUUAAUUAGACUCGUAGUUGUGUAAACACGGUACAGCUGUGUGGAACGCCGGAAGGACUAACUCAGAAUUCAGAAGAAAUCAUAAUAAUUACUUUUGUACUUAUCCUGUACUCUAGUGGAAUUGGAGGCUAAGAUCUACAAAGUUGCUAGAGUACUCUUGAGAGCCUUGUGGGGACAGUAGGGUUCAGAAGGAGCCCCUCCCCGAGCACCCCCCAGAAGUGGGAAACUCGAGAAAUAUGAGUUUGUACCGUGUAAUACAAGCGGGUUACAGGAGAGGUGGUCGAAGCCUAGCCACUCAGACUUGUCCACUGUUCCAGCAGGUCCCAGUGGUUCCCGAGGAAAAAUUGGCAGAUAAUGAAGAGGAGGAGGAGGACUUAAUUGAGAAGAAAAGAAAUAAAUCCAGAUUACGGAAAUGGCAUUAUGCAAAAUUUCACCAACAGCCUCUACCUUUAACAGAAGAUGAAGAGCAAGUACUUGCAUUAUCUUAUCAGCGUAAACUCUUUGGCAAUUAUGGCUUUGCAAGUGGCAUCAGUCCUGCCAAACUAUGGCCAAGUAAACAGGAAAUGGCAAUGUAUGCUGAAAAGGAGAGAGUUGCCUAUCCAGACUCUGUGGUAGAGAUGAUUCGUAUGGCCAAGGAAAAAAAGAGAGAAGAGGAGGAGGCUAUACUAAAAAGUCAGGAAACCAUGGUUCGUAAUAUGGCCCAGUUGGAAGGAUGGAAGAAAGAAGUACGUCAGCGUAUAGAAAAGAAGGAAAAAGAGGCGCUGGCAGCUAAGGAAAAGAGGGAACGUCUCAUUGAGGAAGUACGAUCAAUUCUUGGUUAUCGAAUUGAUCCAAAAGACGAGCGCUUCAAGGAGGCUCUGUUACAAAAGGAACUUCAAGAGAAGAAAGAAAAGAAAGCUGCAAAGAAGUUGGAAAAACAGCAACGUAUGAUUCAGAAAUUACUGAAUCAGAGUGAUGAGAGUAAAAGUGCUCAAAAGACUCCCACUAGUGAUGAUCCAGAUUCCAUGAUGGGGACAUCCAUAGUGUGAGCAUACCGCUGUCCUAAAGAGUGCUUCAAAACCAUCAAAAGUAGAGAAAGAAAUGACUAAGCUGUAUACAGAACAUGUUUGUACUUACUGGUAUUAUUUUGUUGUUGAACAAAGGCAUAGUAUCAGAGCAGGAUAAAGAGCUCUGUAUAGAAAAAGGGGGAAAUAUUUUAAAACAUUUUGUGUGUUACAUAUUUCUGGAAAGGACCCCCAUCCCUCCUCAAUAGCAUCUUGAGCUUAAUACUGGUCUAGCCAAGACCUCCGAGACCCAGCCUUACCUACUGAGAGCCAGAAUCAAAGUUUAGUGCACUCUUUACAAGGCAAGGGGGAGCUUGGGGGAUCAGAGAUCUACCCCAAAACCAAGAGAGAAAACAUCCGAUAGCAUAAAUACAACAUGAGAAGCCACUGCUGUAAGUUGGGUACUUCCAGGUAACAUGGCAAACAAUCAUUGCCACAGUGUAAACAACCUAACUCAGAUUUGCCUGAGCUGCCACUUGGUGGUCAGGUGCAUCUGGGGUGUUUACACAGCGGCAACAAUUUUUUGCUUUUUUCUUACCCAAAGGUACCAAAUUUUCCUUAGAUGGUAGCUUAUUUUGAUCCACUUAUGUUUUGUGAUGUUUUAUUUGCUCAAGAGUCUGUUUGGCUUUUACAACUCUCUGGCAUUUCAAUAUUCAGUAAGAGGAAGCUAUUGAUCACCAAAAACCAGAUUAACGAAACAGUUAGCAAGUACUGAACUUAUAAACGUGUACAUUUUUCCUCAAUCUUUGACAGCUUUGGUUACAUUUAUUAAACAGUUUACAAGCAUGAAAACGUCCCAAUCAACUGUUGUUAUUGUUAUAAACGGCCUCCUGGUGCUUCUGAGCUCGUUAACUGUUUAAUAAUUGUAAACACAGCCGCCUAAGAUUGAGAAAAAGAUGGACAGGUUCGUAAGUGCUUACGUAACUGCUUUAUGAAUCUGGGUCCAGCUAAUGAAAAAUCAUAGCUCUGCCGAAGAUGUAUCUAUGUUAUGUACACAUUUUUCUUUUACAAUGGUAAACUGUCACAACUAAUUGUGUUCCUAGUUGGAAUUCUGCAUGUAUUUACAUAUUGUAUAUACUCAAAAUAUGUUUGCCUCUCAUUACACAAUUACUGAAAUUUUG